AUGACAGAAGAAGGAGAAAUCAGAAGGCAUCUGGUGCUUAUCAAACCUGUCUCCUUGGAAGAUGAGAAAGAUUCUGAGCAAACAGCUUCGAGUGUUAUCCGUCGAGUUUUUAGCCUCUUCAAGAACGUACGCCUAGGAUCCGAUCUCGCCAAUUUGCAGGUACCACCUCAGCUGAGCCAACCAAAAUCGCAACUCCAAUGUUACGCUGAGAUGAUCUACAGCUUUGGCGGUAAGGAUCUGCUCGGUGAAUGCAGCCGCCGCGAUUCUCCCAUAGAACGGCUCAAAUCGGUGGUGACGUGGAACAUCUCCAAACUCCGUCCCGUACUCUUUGGGUCUCCGUACAACCCUAUUCUUGGCGAGACUCACCACGUCUCGAACGGUCACAUCAACGUUCUCAUCGAACAAGUAUCACAUCAUCCUCCAGUGUCCGCACUUCAUGCUACUCACGCUAAGGAAAAUAUUGACGUGGCAUGGGUUCAAUAUUUCAGUCCUAAAUUUCGUGGUGCUUACGUGGAGAUUGAAGUGAAGGGCAAAAGAGUAAUGAAGCUUCAUAGUCGAAAAGAGACUUACCAUAUGGAACAACCGAGACUGAUUUUAAGAUUUCCUGGCCCUGGAGGAUACUGGGACGGCAAAACCAAAUUAAAGUGUCCGGAGACGGGUUUAGCAGCUGACUUACACUUGAACUCCGGUUCCUUCAUGGAAAGAUUCAGAGGCAACAACAGAUCUCUUAAAGGAAAGAUUUAUGAAUCCUCCUCUGGGAAUAUGCUCUACGAGAUCUUUGGCCAUUGGGACAGAACAGUAAUGGCGAAAAAUCUGAAGACCGGUGAGGUCGAGGUUAUUUACGAUGCUCAAGAGACUAUCACAGGACUCAAACCUCCAAUUGUCAAGAAUCUGGAGGAAGUAAUGGAGAGCGAGUCGGCGUUGGUGUGGGGUGAAGUAAGUGAAGGGAUAAUGAAGAAAGACUGGGAAAGAGCUGGAAAAGCUAAGAGACUUGUAGAGGAGAAACAAAGAGAGUCUCUGGAACAGAGAGAGGCUUCUGGUGAGCCUUGGGUUCCCAAGCAUUUCUCAGUGGUCAAAGAUGGUAAAGACUGGGAAUGCUCACCGCUACAGCCUACAGUUCCUCGGGCUCCACUCGUCAUCACAAAGGCACAAGGAGAAAUCGUAAACCGAUUUCAAGAUUCCAAGACUUAG